GGGGGCAGAGAGGAAAACCGAGAAGAGCAGAGAGCCCAGAGGCAGAAGGAAGGGGCUGGUGCAGGCACUGCUGCUGAGAGGAGAUCAAGAGACAGGGGGUGCACUUGACAACCAGCAUGCAGAGAUGUCAGAAGAGGCAGAAGUGGAUGUGAGAGACAGAGAGACACAGAGACACAGAGAGCGAAAGAGGGCAAGAGACUUGACUUUAAGAGACUCCUGCACUGACAACUCCAUGCAGUUCGGAACAAGAACGGCAACGACCGAAUCUGGUUUCAUGGGGACAUGGCAGAACGCUGACACUAACCUCUUAUUCAGAAUGUCCCAACAGGCCAUCCGCUGUACACUGGUAAAUUGCACAUGUGAAUGUUUCCAGCCAGGGAAGAUUAACCUGAGAACCUGUGAUCAUUGUAAACAUGGCUGGGUGGCACAUGCUUUGGACAAGCUUAGCACUCAGCAUCUGUACCACCCUACCCAAGUGGAGAUUGUGCAGUCCAACGUAGUGUUUGACAUCAGCAGCCUGAUGCUCUAUGGUACCCAGGCUGUGCCUGUGAGACUGAAGAUACUGCUGGACCGACUCUUCAGUGUAUUGAAGCAGGAAGAGGUGCUGCACAUCCUGCAUGGCUUAGGCUGGACACUUCGGGACUACGUGCGGGGCUACAUCCUUCAGGAUGCUGCAGGCAAGGUGCUGGACCGCUGGGCCAUCAUGUCCAGGGAAGAAGAGAUUAUUACCCUUCAGCAGUUUCUGAGAUUUGGAGAAACCAAAUCCAUCGUGGAGCUGAUGGCAAUUCAAGAAAAGGAGGGGCAGGCAGUGGCUGUGCCAUCUUCAAAGACAGAUUCAGAUAUAAGGACUUUUAUUGAAAGCAAUAAUCGCACUAGGAGCCCAAGUCUCCUUGCUCACCUGGAGAACAGCAACCCUUCCAGCAUUCAUCACUUUGAAAACAUCCCUAACAGCCUUGCGUUUCUGCUUCCAUUCCAGUACAUAAAUCCCGUCUCUGCUCCAUUGCUGGGGCUGCCUCCAAAUGGCCUCCUGCUGGAACAGCCAGCUCUGAGGCUGCGUGAACCAAGCCUUUCUACCCAAAAUGAAUAUAAUGAAAGCAGUGAAUCUGAAGUUUCCCCCACUCCUUUCAAGAAUGAGCAGACAUCCAGCAGGAAUGCUUUGACCAGCAUCACAAAUGUAGAACCCAAAACUGAGCCAGCCUGUGCGUCUCCCGUUCAAACAUCUACACCCAUCAAUGAUUUGUCCAAAACUGAGCACACAAAAAGCUCAUUCAGGAUUCACAGAAUCAGAAGAAUGGGAUCAGCGUCAAGAAAAGGGAGAGUGUUCUGCAAUGCAUGUGGUAAAACUUUCUAUGACAAAGGUACUCUCAAAAUCCACUACAAUGCAGUUCAUCUUAAAAUCAAACACCGGUGCACGAUUGAAGGCUGCAACAUGGUCUUCAGCUCUCUUAGAAGUCGCAAUCGUCACAGUGCUAACCCUAAUCCCCGCCUUCACAUGCCUAUGCUAAGGAACAACCGAGACAAAGAUCUAAUCCGUGCUACAUCAGGAGCUGCCACCCCUGUCAUAGCAAGUACAAAAUCCAGUCUUACCUUAACAAGCCCUGGUCGGCCUCCAAUGGGUUUUACUACUCCCCCGCUAGACCCUGUACUACAGAACCCUCUUUCUAGCCAGCUGGUGUUUCCAGCUUUAAAGACUGUCCAACCUGUUCCUCCUUUUUACAGAAGUUUACUUACUCCUGGAGAGAUGGUGAGCCCUCCAACCUCAUUACCCACCAGUCCCAUCAUACCAACAGGUGGUUCAGUGGAGCAGCAUCCUCCUCUUCCUUCAGAGUCAUCGUUACCUGCGAUGGUGAUGCCUACCCAUGAGCCUAAUGCUGACCUUGCCCCUAAGAAGAAACCAAGGAAGUCAAGCAUGCCAGUUAAAAUAGAAAAGGAAGUUAUUGAUACUGCUGAUGAGUUUGACGAUGAAGAUGAUGAGGCUAAUGACAACAGCAUGAUGGCUAAUGAUAUUGGUCAUGACAAUCACUGCCAUUCGCAGGAGGAAAUGAGCCCAGGAUUGUCUGUGAAAGACUUUUCUAAAAAUGGUAGAAUCAGAUGCAUUUCCAGGACAGAGAUAAGAAGGGCGGACAGCAUGACCUCAGAAGACCAAGAGCACGAGAGAGACUAUGAAAACGAGUCAGAAACCUCAGAGCCAAAAUUGUGCGAGGAAUCCAUGGAAGGUGAUGAACGCAUCCAUGAAUCUAAUGAACACUCUAUGAUGAACAGUGGGAUGCCAGAUGAAAAUCACAACGAAUCUUCUCACCGGGAUGUAAUUAAGGUGAAGGAAGAGUUUACAGACCCUACCUAUGAUAUGUUUUACAUGAGCCAAUAUGGACUGUAUAAUGGGGGCAGUGCCAGUAUGGCUGCCCUUCAUGAAAGUUUCACUUCAACAUUCAACUACAACAGUCCUCAAAAGUUCUCCCCAGAAGGGGACCUGUGUUCCAGCCCAGAUCCCAAGAUCUGCUAUGUCUGCAAGAAGAGUUUCAAAAGCUCCUAUAGUGUGAAGCUUCACUACAGGAAUGUUCAUUUAAAAGAGAUGCAUGUCUGCACAGUGGCUGGCUGUAAUGCUGCCUUCCCAUCACGGAGAAGCAGAGACAGGCACAGUGCUAACAUAAACCUGCACCGUAAACUGUUGACCAAAGAACUGGAUGACAUGGGACUGGAUACCUCUCAGCCCUCUCUUAGUAAGGACCUCCGUGAUGAAUUUUUGGUGAAGAUCUAUGGCACCCAGCAUCAAAUGGGGCUUGACGUAAGGGAAGACACCUCCUCACCAGCUGGUACUGAGGAUUCCCACAUGAAUGGGUAUGGAAGGGGCAUAUCUGAAGACUACAUGGUCCUAGACCUGAGCACCACCUCCAGCAUCCAGUCUAGCAGCAGUAUCCAUUCCUCAAGAGAAUCUGAUGCAGGCAGUGAUGAGGGGAUUCUCCUGGAUGACGUUGAUGGGGCAAGUGACAGUGGGGAAUCUGCACACAAAAUGGACACCCCUGCCAUAGGUGUAGGUAUGGGUUCCGACCUUCCAGGAUCCCUCAUGUUCAACAAUGUUCCAAUGAGCAACGGUGGGAUAAUGUGUAACAUUUGCCACAAAAUGUACAGCAACAAGGGGACCCUCAGGGUGCACUAUAAAACGGUGCACUUGCGAGAAAUGCACAAGUGCAAAGUCCCUGGGUGCAACAUGAUGUUUUCCUCUGUCCGCAGCCGAAAUCGGCACAGUCAGAACCCUAACCUGCAUAAAAACAUUCCCUUCACUUCAGUAGAUUAGUUUAAGGACGGACACGCAAAUGCCAGCUCUCACGGAGGGCCUACCAUGUUUG